CGCAUGGGUCAUGCUGAGCAGGUGUCUGCUGCUGAAGCUAGGGAUGAGCAACAGUCCCGGCAGCAGCUUCCUCCCGCCCGAAAUCGUCGAGUGCUUUCAGAGCUUUUCCAUGAUCCAGGGGCUGAAGAGGAUGGACCUCGAUGGCUCGUACCAAUCCGACCUCGUCCUUCUCUCCCACUGGAAGCAAAUAUCCGCCACCCUCCUCCACGCAACAUACGUCACAAACGGCUUCUCCUACUUCGACUCGCGCACCGCGAACAUCGAGCGCGCCCUGCGCGACCUCAACCCCCUGCUUGCCGUGUACUCGGUGACCUCCGGCGCCAGCGACGCCAGCCGUCUCCUCAGUCUCCGCGAGAUUCUAAGGAAAGGUGCAAGACUCGCGUUUACGCUGUUUGGCCAGCCCAGCUUCUGGCAGUUCGACUGGAGCCAGGCUGUCCCGAGCAGCUCCUCCCAAUACCAUCAUGAACCGAGGGAGUUUCUUGGGAAGCGAGCGCCAAGUCUGAAUAGAAACGCGAGCGACGCGUUGAAUACGAGGAAUCUAGUUAUCUGGCCUGCCCUUGUGCGGGUCGUUGACGGCGAGGGGGCGCGCGUGGUGAGGGAGGAUGGGGUCUUGUCUGAGAAGAUCACACUGGAGACUUUGGCGUCGAGAUUCCAGGAUGAUAGUUUUCCUAAGGGCUUGUGACAUGACAUGGUGUUUUUGAUUUUAUCUAGAGAGCUG